AUGACAGUAAAGGCUCAUCCUGGUACUAUCACCAGUGGGGCCUCACUUUCGUUCUCCACUGAUACAAACUCGGAGGAAGCAUUUUGGGCCGGGAUACAAGUCUUUCAAGAUACUCUGGAAGACAUGGUGGAUGCUGGAACUAUGGUUAUUCACAUCAUCACAAACACAUCGUUCCUCAUUGCGCCCUUGACGGCCUACAACAAGACUGAGGCUCAAGUCAAGGUAAUCAUGAAACCGUUCAUAUCGUCUCUCACAUCCAAACAUGUCGACUUUGAUGUUACAUAUAAAGAGUCUAAAACAUAUUACGAUCAUUAUAACGAAUUCCUUGGUCCUCUUCCAUACGGUAAAAUCCGUGUAGGUUUCGAGCAAUAUGGUGGGCGUUUGAUUCCCCGCAGUGUUGUACCCAACUUCACAGAGACUUUGAGACAGGUCACAAACAUGGGUGUCACAUGGGUUGGUGUAGCCACCGAUGUUGGGCCAUUUGGUACACGAGCGACUACCUCGGUCCAUCCCGCGUGGCGUAGCACACUUGUUCACGCUCUUUUAAGUACACCAUGGGACUUUACUAAACCGUGGCAUGAUAUGAUCAAACUGCAAGACCUCAUGACAAAUGUCAUUAUGCCCAAGGUCGAAGCAGUCACGCCGGGUAGUGGCGCAUAUGUCAACGAGGCUGACUUUCGGCAACCGAACUAUCAAGAUGUCUUUUGGGGAGAUAACUACAAAGAUUUAUUGGAGGUAAAAGAGAAAUGGGAUCCCGAGCAUUUCUUCUUUGUUCCAAAAGGAGUAGGUAGCGAGAUUUGGUCCAUUGCAGAGGACGGAAGAAUGUGCAAGUCAGCUUUAUAG